AUGUUCGAGGAGCAGGCCACCAAGGUGAAGAUCACGUCGGUGGUGAUCGUGGUGGGCAUGUCGGCCAUGCUGGCCGCCGUGGUGACGGACCACUGGGCCGUCCUCAGCCCCCGCGUGGACCAGCUCAACGCCACCUGCCAGGCCGCCCACUUCGGCCUCUGGAGGCUGUGCAAGAAAAGCAUCUUCAUGGUGCAGGAGGACCCCCAGGGCAAAGGCUGCGGCCCCAUCGGCUUACCUGGAGCCAAGAACUGCUCCUACUUCAAGCACUUCACAUCCGGAGAAGAAGCAGAAGUUUUUGAAGUGAAGACCCAGAAGGAGUACAACAUUUCGGCGGCGGCCAUCGCCAUUUUCAGCCUGUUCUUCAUGAUCUUGGGCACCCUGUGCGUCAUCUUCUCCUUCGGGAAGGGCCGCGAUUACCUGCUGAGGCCUGCUGGGAUGUUCUUCGCCUUCGCAGGGCUCUGCAUCAUCAUCUCGGUGGAAGUCAUGCGCCAGUCGGUCAAGAGGAUGAUCGCCAGCGACGAGACCAUCUGGAUUGAGUACUACUACUCGUGGUCCUUCACGUGUGCCUGCGCCUCUUUCACCCUCCUCAUCCUCAGCGGUGUGGCCCUCCUCCUCAUCUCCAUGCCGCACAUGCCCAGAAACCCCUGGGAGACCUGCAUGGACGCCGAGCCCGACACCUUAGAUUAG